AUGUCUGACUGGGCUGUCAACUUGCUCUCGAGCCGUUUGCUUGGAUAUCUUCAUAUGGAAUGUCAAGACGCGGCAUGUUAUGGUGUUGUUGCUGCUCACAAAGUGUGCUUUGCUAUUGUUAUUUUUCAUAUGCUGUUGGGAUUAUUGGUACUUGGAGUACGGGACAGCCGAGAGAAAAGGGCGGUGAUUCAAAAUGGUGGAUGGGGGUUUAAAGUGAUAUUUUGGCUUGGACUUGUGACAGGAUCUAUUUUUAUUCCCAAUGAAUUUAUAUUUGUGUGGGGAAAUUACAUUUCUUUGAUUGGUGCCUUCCUAUUCAUCAUCUUUGGCCUUCUACUUUUGCUGGAUAUUGCUCAAGCAUGGACAGAAAUAUGUCUAGAUAAACUGAUGGCAUCUGAAAAUAACCGAUGGAAAUACAUGUUAAUUGGUACAACUUUGAGUCAAUUCAGUGGAAUGACAACCCUGACAGGACUCUUGUACGGCUUUUAUGGAACCAAUGGGUGCACUCUUGAUUUGUUUCUCAUAUCCUUCAACUUGGCCCUUACUCUGUUUGUCACCCUGCUUUGCUUUUUUCCUGCGAUUCAAGAAGCUAGCCCCCAAUCUGGGCUAUCUCAAGCAUCGAUUGUAACAUUUUACUGUACAUAUCAAGUAUUUUCUGCAGUAGCUAAUCGGGGUAACGAUGAAAGCUGCAGUCCUCAAUCAAUAGGAUUGGAGAUAGUAGCAGUUGUACUUGGCACUGUAAUUUCUUUUGCUAUAUUGGUCUAUUUAGCCACUCGCUCAGGGAGUCAAGAAAUACCCUACGACGGAGAACGCGGAACGAGUCGCGAAUAUCUAGUCCAGUCGGUUGACCAUGGGACAAUACCACGAUCUAAUCUAGAUCGAUACGAUGAACAAGAAGAGCUUUCAGGAACAGUUUAUAGUUAUUCGUUCUUUCAUUUCAUUAUGGCUAUUGCGGCGAUGUAUGCAGCUCUACUUAUUACUCGAUGGAAUAAAAUUGUAGUCGAAACACAGCCCACGGAGCUUGUGAAGAUUGAGCACACAUAUGCUGCAGUGUGGAUAAAGAUUGUUUCCAGUUGGAUAUCCUAUGCUCUAUAUGUGUGGACACUUGUGGCACCCAUUAUGAUGCCAGAUCGGUUCCUAGUAAGUUCGUCAUUAUAG